AUGUCAGAGCAUCCAGAGGAUAUAAAGCAUUUAAUGCCCAUAGAGAGGAAGUCCACGUGGAGAACAGUGGAAGAGAGGCGAAUGUCUGACCUCACCCGUGUGCUGGAGUGGCUGGAGCGGAGGAAGGGGAAGAAGAAACAAGUUAUCCAAACUGGGCCGGGUGCUCCCGAGUGGGCCUCCCUCAUAUGCCGCCCUCUCAGGACCCUGGAGAUUUCCAGUGACUCCUUCCUCUCGUCCUCCACUGUGGAGCGGCAAAAGAGCAAGAUGAUGGUAGACCCUAAGGCAAAUACGAAGGAAGAAAAGAAGGUCAAAAGCAUCCUGAAAAUGCAGGCAAAGAAGCAGGGAGUGACCAACCAGGCUGCAGCCACUGAGAAGGUCUCGGGACAAAGCUCCAGGAGGGAAGGACGGGUCUAUGGAGUGCAACAGAAGGGGACGACUCGCCUCAGCUUAGUCUCCACCACCUACACCAGGGAAGGCCACAGGAAAUCUGAGUUAGACAUCAAAGAUGCCAUCGCCCUUGAGUCCAUCAUUCAGCGGCCAGGCUCGCACCGUCGACAAAGCAGUGUCAUGGAUAAUGUGUUACAGGAAAAUAUCUUUGGCAGCAGGAGGCCAACCUUCCUAAGAGAGUGGACCAGCAAGACAAGUGACUCCACUUAUGAACGCAAGCUGAAGAACCUCAUGGAGAAAGGCCUGGAGACCAAGGUGGAGACUGCGAAAAUGCUCAAGCCAGAGGAGGUGCUGAGCUGCCGAUACCUGCGGCUGUCCAAGAAUAACAUCCGGACCCUGCUUAAGCUGUGCAGGGAUGCGGGGAUGAUCGUGGACAUCCACCCCCACAUGGUUGAAGGGGAGAUAGACUCCAAAAAGGUGUUCGGCCACCUCCACAACGUGGCCCUCUGA